AUGCACCGCUUCGUGCUACUCAUGGCGGUGCUCACGAGUGCCAUCGCCCAGCCGAGCGGCAUAACAGAACACCCCGAAAUUGAGCAGACGGACCCCGCACAGAAAACAACGAGUCUCGUUCCCACUCCGCAAAAUGUCAUCAGGUUGAUGACGAACAAAUCUAUGAAGCAGUUGGCACGCAAGAGCAAAUCGGACGGAUCCCCAAUGCUGAAUUACAUUUUCGACUCGUACGCGACCAGCAAUAAGCAUUUCCACGACAAGUUUCGAGCACCUUCUUUCGAGGGAGAUGUCAAUUCUGAAGACACAAUUAUUGAAGCGGACACAGGGGCGACAGUUCUCUUUGACUGUCAAGUGUAUUCUCUGAGAGAUAAAACGCUUACGCUUGACAUACACACAUUAAUAGAAUGGGUAUCAUGGAUUAAAGUUGCGGACAAUGAGAACUUAGAAUUACUCACACUUAACCUCGAUACGUACACGGCGGACAGCAGAUACCGAGUGGACGUCGCUGGAGAAACAUGGAGGCUGUUCCUGUCGAAUGUCAAAGAACAUGAUUCUGGAAUAUACUGUUGCCACGUGUCAACACACCCACCGAUGCUGAAAAGAUUUAAGCUAAUUGUGCACAAACCCGAAAUAAACAUGAACAAGGAGGCUUUUCUGGAGACGGGAGAGACCUUGUCCCUCAAGUGUGUGGUGAUACACCUAAAUCCUGGGGAGAUUUCGCCAGAGAUGCACUGGUAUAGAGGAAAUGCAACGGUGUCACUGGAUGAGAUGAGAGGCGGCGUAUUCGUCGAAACUGAUCAUCUGACCAUGACUUCACAUCUCCAGGUCGCGCGUUUAAAAGUCGAAGAUGCCGGUAAUUACACCUGCGCUCUAGAAGUACCCUUCGUCAUGAAAACCAUGGCAAGAGUCCACGUGUUACAAGGGUCGAGCUUAGCGGAACUACAAAGCGGCGUUAAGUCAACAUGCAGCUACAUUAGCCUGCUCGUCACGUCCAUUGUCGUUAAUUUGGUUAUGUACGCUGACGUAAGG